GGGCGGAAGUGACCCGUCGGCCGACUGACCCGUCUAUCAUGGCGGCCGCGGCCACCUCUCCCGCGCUGAAGCGGCUGGAUCUGCGCGACCCCGCGGCGCUCUUCGAGACACAUGGAGCGGAGGAGAUCCGCGGGCUGGAGCGCCAGGUUCGGGCCGAGAUCGAGCACAAGAAAGAGGAGCUGCGGCAAAUGGUGGGAGAGCGGUACCGCGACCUGAUCGAGGCGGCCGACACCAUCGGCCAGAUGCGCCGCUGCGCCGAGGGACUGGUGGACGCCGUGAAGGCCACCGACCAGUACUGCGCCCGUCUCCGCGAAGCCGGCUCGGCCGCCCCCCUGCCGCCGCGGGACCCGCAGCCCCAGCAGCCAUCCCAGGAGAAGUUCUACAGCAUGGCUGCCCAGAUCAAGCUACUCUUGGAAAUUCCUGAGAAGAUCUGGAGCUCCAUGGAGGCCUCUCAGUACCUCCAUGCCACACAGCUGUACCUGCUCUGCUGCCACCUCCACAGCCUGCUCCAGCUGGAUUCUUCUGGCUCCCGAUACAGCCCCGUCCUCUUGCGAUUCCCGAUACUCAUCCGGCAGGUCGCAGCGGCCAGCCACUUCCGGUCAACUAUUCUGCACGAAAGCAAGCUGCUGCUCAAAUGCCAAGCCGUGUCUGACCAGGCUGUAGCCGAGGCCCUGUGCUCGAUAAUGCUCUUAGAAGAGAGUUCUCCUCGCCAGGCCCUAGCAGACUUCCUGUUGGCCAGAAAGGCAGCUAUUCAGAAACUCCUCAACCAGCCGCACCACAGUACUGGCAUCAAGACUCAGGUCUGCUCGUUAGUGGAGCUGCUGGCCACCACUUUGAACCAGGCUCAUGCUCUUUUCUACACUUUACCAGAAGGCCAGCUGCCAGAUCCGUCCCUGCCAUGCGGCUUGCUCUUCUCAACUCUAGAGACCAUCACGGGCCAGCAUCCGACCGGGAAGGGCGCCGGUGUUCUGCAAGAGGAGGUGAAACUGUGCAGCUGGUCCAGACACCUGCCGGCAUCCGUCGUCCAGUUCCAGCCGGCUCUCCGAACCUUGGCACAGCCCAUCAGCCAGGAGUACCUGAAAGACACGCUGCGGAAAUGGAUCCACAUGUGUAAUGAAGACAUUAAAAAUGGGAUCACCAACCUGCUUUUUUACGUGAAGAGCAUAAGAGGGCUCGCAGGGAUCCGGGAUGCCAUGUGGGAAUUACUUACCAACGAGUCCACCAACCACAGCUGGGACGUGAUAUGUCAGCGGCUUCUGGAGAAGCCACUCCUGUUCUGGGAGGAUUUGAUGCGGCAGCUGUUCCUUGACCGGUUACAGACCCUGACAAGAGAAGGCUUUGACUCCAUCUCUACCGGCUGCAAGGAGCUCCUCAUUUCCGCCCUGCAGGAGCUCGAGAGCAGCACCAGCAGCUCCACUCCGAGUAAGCACAUCCACUUGGAGCACAACAUGUCUCUCUUCCUCUGGUCCGAGAGUCCCCAGGACCUGCCUCCCGAUGCUGCCUGGGUCAGCGUGGCGCACCGGGGGCCGCGCGCCGGCAGCGGGCUCUCCAUGAAGGCGCAGGCGGUUAGCCCCUGCGUCCAGGACUUCUGCUCUGCCCUGGAUGCUAAACUGCAGGUUCAGCUGGACGACCUCCUGGCCUACCUUCCCUCUGCGGACUCGUCACCGCCCAAGGACGUCUCCCCCAUGCAAGCCAAGAGCUGUGCCUUUGACAGGUACGCGGAUGCCGGCACCGUGCUGGAGCUGCUGCAGGCGCAGUCCGUGGCGUGCAUCGAGCGCAUCACGGCCUGCAUCCGGGCAGAGCUGCACGGCACGGAGCAGGUGGUGCAGGGGCAGCGGGAUGCCCUCGACAGUGUCCAGCUGCACGCGGUCCUUUUCAUGGCCAGACUCUGCCAGUCGCUGGGAGAGCUGUGUCCCCAUCUGAAGCAGUGCGUCUUGGGAAAGUCCAGGAACUCUGAGAAACCAGCAAGGGACCCUAAGGCUCUGAAAAAGCAGGGAAAGGGGACCACUCGGGAAGUACUUCCUUCGCAGGCCAAGUGGCAGGAAGUCAAGGAGCUCCUCCUGCGGCAGAGCGUGAUGGGUUACCGCGUGUGGAGCUCGGCGGUUGUGAAGGUUUUGGCUCACGGAUUCACCCGGUCGUUACUUCUAGACGAUGCCGGCUCCAUCCUGGCCACAGCCACCAGCUGGGAUGAACUAGAAAUCCAGGAGGAAGCGGAGUCUGGCAGCUGCAUCAUGUCCACAAUCCGACUCCCUACACAGCCAUCCUGGUAUGUCCAGUCCUUCCUGUUUAGCCUCUGCCAGGAAAUUAACCGGGUUGGAGGCCACGCUUUGCCAAAAGUGACCCUGCAGGAGAUGCUGAAAAGCUGUAUGGUCCAGGUGGUGGCUGCCUAUGAGAAACUUUCAGAAGAAAAACAGGUGAAGAAAGAAGGUGCGUUCCCCAUGACCCAGAAUCGGGCCCUGCAGCUGCUUUAUGAUCUGCGCUAUCUCAGCAUCAUUCUGACAGCCAGGGGUGACGAGGUGAAGAGUGGCCGCAGCAAGCAGGACUCCAGAAUCCUUUUUUCAGAAUUGAGAAAGUGGCCGACUCCCUGGAAACACUCAUUGACCCGUUUGACCUGGAUGUCUUCACACCACACCUCAACAGCAACCUCACGCGGCUGGCGCAGCGAACCUCUGUUCUGUUUGGAUUGGUCACUGGUACAGAGAAUCAGUUCACGCCCAGGAGCAACACGUUCAACUCCCAAGAACCCCAUAACAUACUGCCUCUGGCAUCGAGUCAGAUCAGGUAAUGGUUCUAAAGAUGUUUUAGCCGGGCCCCGAAGCUUCCUGUUCAUGCCCCUGAAAUUCCUUCACCUUGUCUUGGAGGUUCGGACUUCUUCCACUGAGCAUGACAAGUACCCGAAAGGCCAAAUCAACCAGCAGAAGCAUCGAAACAAAAACCCAGGUUGGCCCCCCGGCACUCUCCCGAGCAGGUGACCCGACGCACCCUGGCUCCUUGUUCAGACAGCUGGUCAGUGAGGAAGAAGACGCGUCUACGCCUUCGUUAUUCAAGCUAGGUUGGCUCUCUAGUAUGACUAAAUAACAUGGGAACAUAGCCAUCCCUCUCUAAAUAAAUACUACAUCGCUUCUUCUAA